CUAUCUUUCUGGCCUUUGAGUCUUCUCCUCUGUCUUUCUGGUAAACCUUAUAUUUGUCUCUUUGCGAUCUUCUCCCUCUUUCCCUCUCCUAUUCUUCUUUCCAUUUCUGCAUGUUGGUUAUACUACUCUACCCCUGUCACUAUAAUUUCUCUCCUCCUCCUCUUUGUCUCCUCCCAUUUCUUCCAUGCAUGUGUACGUCUUUCUCUCCUUCUCUCUUGUUCCUACUCUCUUACUCUUUCCUGCUCCUUCUUUCCCCAUCCCUCUCUCCUCCUAUUUUUCUCCUUCAGCAUGGAUUUUCAGACUUUUCAUGGGAAGGAAUCAAUCUGUCUAUGGAAGACACCACGUCCAUCCUGCCUCGUCUGAAGAGGAACAACUCYAAUAACUAUGGGAUCGGUGCUCUGGCUAAGUCCUCACUGACAGGUGUGUCAGGUGUGAAUCGCUCCAUGAAGGACAAGGUGACCAAGCCUACAUCCAUGGCCCAAGGCCGGAUGGCACACAUGAUCGAGUGGCAGAACUGGGAYAUGUCUGUGGUGGGCCCGGGGGGCGUCUCCGUCCCACGCAAGUCCACGGCAGAGCAGGAGAUGGAGAGACGGUUGGAGAGCGACGCCUACAGCGACCUCAGCGACGGGGAGAAGGAGGCUCGCUUCRCCGCAGGUAUCCUGCAGCAGUUUGCCAUCUCCCAGGCAACGCUCAUGGCCUGGACCUCCAUGGAUGGAGAGAGCCUGAGGUCAGGGUCCAACCAGGGCAGUGUGGCCCACCUCAGCGAGGUUAACCAGGAGAGCAUCACCAGCCGAGACCAGAUAUUGCACCACUCUUCUGCGGACAUGUGGCCCAACACCUAUGUCGCCCAGGGCCUCUACUGCCUCUCCUCCUCUGACGCCUGGGAGCCAAUCAGCAACGAGCCCUCCGGAGUGGCCUCUCCCGCUGCUGGCUCCUACGCGAUGCAGCAGGGCGGGACUUCCUGUGAUGGGUAUGAUGGGAACGCUUUGCUGCAGCAGCAGCAGCAGCAGCAGUUCAACCUACAGCAUCAGAGUCAGCUCCAGCAGCUGCAGCAGCUACAACAGAUACAGCACUACCAGCAACAGCAGCUCCUGUAUCAGCAACAACAGUCUCUGGAGCAAAGGCUGCACAGCACCAACCACUCGUUGCAAGCCACGCCCAACAGCACCAUCCACAGCCUGGCCCCUGCCACCCACGCCCCAUUGGUGGACCUGUGGGGGGCGGGCCAGACAGGAUCCUAUCACACUGAUAUUGGAGGCUACAACAUAGGCGUGGCAGCGGUGGUGGAGGCAGCUCUGAAUGUUCCGUCUGGGGAUGAGGGGGCAGGGACAGAACAUUCCCCUCUGCUGGAGCAGCAUGAGGAGGAAGAUGAACUGAAGGACGAGGAGCUAACACUCUGCAUGGAGCCGGAGUCUGCCACUCUAACACAGAGAGAUGAAGCCAUCACCUCCGGGGGCAGUAGUCCUGGGCAACGUAGUCCGGGGCGCAGUAGUCCAGGGCGCAGUAGUCUGGGGCAACCAGCACAGCAAAUCACAGAGCGGAAGGCCUCUGAUGUCAGCUGUGGAGGCAUCCAGAUUCUGGAGGAGAAGGAAGAGAAGCAAGGGUCUGCUGUUGCUGCCAUGGCAACCAACUGAUUGACAGAUUGCCCUGAGAGACGUGACAGACUGACCCUCAGCGUCAGAAAUGACUGAUCCUAAUAAUGAAAUAUUUAUCAAUAAAUCUGUUCCUUUUCAGGUAUCAAACACAUUUUUGAUGGGAUAUAAACUCGUGACCACUGAAGAGCAGAGGAGGAAGAUUUGGAAACAGACUCACGCAGUGACAACAGCUGGUUCAACGGACAACUUUUUUUUUGGAAGCCUUACAUUCCCAGAGAGAAGGAGGASRGAGGGAUGAAUAGAGGGUGGGAAAAAAGACUGAGCCAGAAAAAGGAGGUAUGAGGGGAUGAUAAAAAUAAGAGGAGCAGCUGAGAGACAUUUGUAUCAGGAAAAGGAAACGGAGGAGGGAAUUGAAACAUGCAUGCUUUUUAAACAAACAACUUGAUCCGGUCCAGCAUCAAAUAUGAUAAUGAUCAUUAAAUCUAUAGUAAUAAAACAUUAUCAUGACAACAAUGAUUUUCUAACAAAGCAAAAAAUCAUGACAACACAAAAGUCUAUGUAUAAGUGAAUGAUAAAAGAAUAUAUAUCAAAAUCACUGUUUUUACAACACUAUCUCUCCAUUGGAGAACUACUCUGUUUACAGCUUACACUCAACACAUCAAAUAGAAUAAUAUCAACCCCAACUUGAAGAACAGAAACACUCACAUGUUAUACCCUCUCCUCUUAUGUCAUUCACAUCUAGCAUCCACAACACUCAUAGAACUAACUGCAUGAAUAUAGAGCAACUUUAGUAGGUUGGGUUCAUCAAAACCCCCUAAAAAUUACACCUAUUCAAUUAUCCCCAAAAACGAAUUAAAUCCAAAUUAGCUCUCUGCAACCUAACCACUGCAGUGAAAUCUACUUGAACCCUCCUAACACAGUUAGAAAGACAACAACGUUACURUGUUGCUGUGUUCCCCAGUUGUCCAAGGCACAUAAAGGCUGCAGGCCUGUCCUGUCGGCCACACACACAGCACUGCACAGUUAAAGGAAUGUACUGUACAGUAAGAUAGUGUGCUUCCUACUCUGUCUUUCCGUAUGUUUCUUCAGAAUACUAUGGAGUACCUGUCCUAUAUUGAACUGUAUAGACUUUGCACUGAACCUAGGACACGGCUGGUGCUGGGCCAGAGAAGACUCAGGGCAUGGAGCUCCUUGUAGUCUGCUUGACUGUGCAUCAUGACUGACAGGUCCGUSUCAUGGAGUGAACGGUGAAGAGACAGAGCUGUAGUAGUGAAUCKCUUUKCACUGAUGCAAUCCAACAGAUCAGAGGCUGCCUUUGGACUCUGUCACAYGUCAAUGUCCUUGAUUACUGUUCAGAAAGAGCUCUUAGCAUCACCAAKAACCAAAACAGAACCACUAGACGAGAUGGAUUCUGAGCUGUUGUUCCAGGUUCCAAACUAGAGAUGUCUGGAGGAAGAGGGAGUGCUCUGGAGUGUUUUGGUACCAACAGAAAGAGGAUUUAGAUUGAGAUGUGCUUCUGUUUUAACCCAGAUUGUUGUUUUGAUGUCAGCUCUUGGGGACAAUACCAAGCUUUUCUUUGUGGAGAAAAGAUGAGGAGCAAAUGUUUCUCUCAAAGGUGUAGGUUAGCGCUGUUUGAAUUGGGUACUGAUUCUUAGAAGAGCAAAAACACAUCUUCAAAAUUGUAACUAAUUAGUGAGGAGCCAAACACAGGUCUCCUAAACGGCUUGUGGCCACUACUGUCAUAUAGAUGUAAAUACUAAUGAGAGAGGAUAUGAACCAUCUCUCACAGUCCCCACUGCAACAGUUUCUUUAUUUUUCUACAAGUCUCAGUCCCAGCUCUUUCCUUUGGGAAUCUUCCUGAGCUCCCAAAUUAAGCCUAUUGCGUUUAGAUUUUAUUUCUAUCACCACACAAGUAAAAGGAAAAGGAUAGUGGAAUGUCAACAUUGUAAAUAGUGUGAUCAUUAAAAUAUUGGAUAUCGGAAUAUUGUUUUAAAAUAAUGCAAAGGACCUAAUUUGACUGGGUCUAAGGAGAACAUUGAAGUCAAUCAGGGAAUAUAACUGAACAGUAGAACCAAACAGUAGAACCGAAUAGAACCGGUAUCUUCCUGCUCAUGGUGACUACAGCGAUAGAGCAAAACUCUGCCUGAGUCGAGUGUGACGUUUGAGUUAGCGUGUGUAUUUCCUGAAGAGGAAAGUGUGUAUCCCAGUGGAGGAAUGGUAGUGAAGUUCAGAGACAUGAUAGAAUAGUGGAAUUUUGGAGAUACUGGUCUGGAAUAUCUGUGCAUGUGUCACUAAUAAAAACAACAACAACAUCAAUGUAUUAUUAUAAUUAGUAUUCUUAUUAAUAUUAUUCUUAUUAAUAUUAUUCUUAUUAUUAUUAAUAUUACUAUUAUUUGACAGAGAACAACCUUCUCCUUUCACUCUGAUGAUUGUGUGAGAAAAAAAAUUUCAGAUAGAAAAAAGGUUUAUUGACUUGAAUUCAUUAACUUAUUGAUUGAUUAUUUAUGCAAUGUUGGGACAAUGUUUAUUUUUCUACUGAAUGAUUGACACCUCCUCCAGUAUAAGACAGAAUAUGUGUGGUUGAUGUAGAGCAGUUUCGUGUUGGUUGGGGCUCUCUCUGAUCGGACAAACAGACCAUGAUAAUAAUACCCUAGGCCAGGGGUGGAAGCUUCUGGAGGGCUACAUUGUGGCCACAAUUAAUUGUAAUCAGUUGUGUUAAAGCUAGGCUGGAACAAAACCCUGCACACACUGACUGCAUCCCUCCAGGACAAGGGUUAGGGUUAAGGUUACCCACCUCUUCCCUGGAGCUGUCCAUCAUGAAACACACAAUGAUGUCAUUUAUAUAGUCAUAACCAGUCAUGAAGAUUCAUGUCACAGCUGCCAUGAUCACCCAGGCAAUGACAACACAAUCUCAACCAUACAACUUCCUUUAGGCUACUUGUCAUAAGUGUCCAUCAGCUGUCAUGACACAUAUGACGCGUCUGCAAGACAAGAUGCAUAUUGGUGUUAGAACUAACCAAGGCUAGGAGUCUAUCCUGACCACGUGACCUGACCAGGAUAGACUCARCGACCCUACUUCUAACAGAUGGUUCUGGUGAGCUGCUACCUUGUGGUGUUUUUCAGUUUGUGUUAURCAUUAGCCUUCACCUGUCUGUCUCAGACUGKCUCUGAGAGCUACAACCUACAGGAUGUCUUUACCCAACCACUCUUAUUCAUUYAUUUAUUUAAUGAUUAUUUGGGGGGAGGAAUAACAUGACAGCCUGUACAUAGUUUAUUAUUUAUUGUAGGUAAGUCUUUUUGAAGCAGUAUUGUUCUGUGUGUUGUCCUUGGGACUUUCUGUAGUGAUAGACCUUUGACCCCAGAGAGAUUGUUCUGCUUCAUUGAAAGCAAAAACAUGGACCCAGAGAAUGAUACUACUUCAACAAAGAUAUUUUAUAGAUUCUUUUGACGAUUAAGAACUUAAUGAAUUAAUAAACUAAUAACAAGAAGCCAAAUGUAUUUACUUGAUGUUCCUGUUUAUCGAUUGUCUUUGUUGAUUGAUUGACUGAUUGAUUUCCAGUUGAUUUCUUAUUAUGUAUGAUUCUACUGCCAUCUUUCAAUACGUAACUUUUUGCCUUUCUACCCCUUGCUUUCUCUUUCUACCUGUUCUGUAUAUUUGUCUCUCUGUUUGUMUGUCUGUCUGUCCAUGUAGUUGUCUGUUUUCUUGUUGGAAGAAUCACUGCCUGAAAAGAUUGUUAAAAAAAUCUGACAGAUUGACCAUAUUUGAGGCAAACAGACAUUUCAACAAAAUGAUGUGGUAAUUUGGAACUGUGUGGCACAGAACCCUGAGGUAAAUACACUUGUAUACAAUUGGCUUGAUUGAAUGUUUUAAUUUGAGAUGAUCAAUGUAAACUGGCAAUACCAGUGUAUUAAAGCCCAUACCUAUGCAUGCUUAUGGGAAGGUUGUGACGGGAUGGUUCUUCCAUGUGGUCUCCCCUCCCUUCCUCCUCGGCCGUAAACCUAUAUCUUUCUCUCUUCCUCCCCCUCUCUCUUUCCCCUGCACGUGCGAACACCCUCUUCCAUCCCUUUCUCCUCUACUCCAUUCUCUUUCUUCUCCYCYUCCUCCCCUCCUCCCCUCUCUCCAAAUAAAAGAAAAACGGUGGAGAAAGAGCAAAUAAACACACAAAGAGAA